AUGGCAAAUGCAAUUGAGCAGGUGCUUCCUAAUACAAGGCAUAAACUUUAUAUCUGGCAUUUGGAACAAAAUACUAUAACCAGAUUUGGAGCUCUUAAAAAAGACAAAGAAUUCAAGUAUGCAUUCAACCAGUGUUUAAACAUGUGUGUGACAGAACUAGAAUUUGAAGCAAAAUGGCAAGAAAUGAUGCAGAAAUAUGAGUUGACAGCACACUCUUGGUACCAAAGAGUGUACGAGUUGAAAGAGAAAUGGUGUCCUGCCCUUAGUAGAGAUUUCUUUUCAGCAGGAAUCUUAUCGUCACAAAGGAGUGAAAGCACUAAUCAUGCAAUAGGAUUCAGAGCAAGUAAAGCAACUACCUUGACAGAAUUUUAUACCAUAUUUAAGAAAACAAUCAAUCGUUGGAGAAGCACAGAGAAAUAUGAUGAGUUUACCUGUAGCAAGUCAAUAGCAUUCACUUCAUUGCCACUAUCUGGAAUGCUAAAACAUGCUGCUCAGGUUUUCACUUUGUCACUCUUUAGAGAUUUUGAAGAGGAGUUUGGAUAUUCUAUGGCAACAACUGUUCAAAUGAUUGGAAGAAAUGAAGAAUGUCUACUCUAUCAGCAUCUGGAUGGUUAUGUUAUCAUUGCAUCUGAAUUCUACACUUGCAUUCAGUAA